AUGGCUGACGAGGAAGGAGAGGAAGAGUAUAUGUCGGAAAACGUUCAAGAAAUCGUGAAGCAUGCUAUGGACCAUACUCUUCAGAAUGCCAUCUAUUCUAAGGAGAAAGUUAACGCAUGGUGCAAUCAGCUGUUGGAUUCGUGUUUGAAGGAAUUAGCAAAGCUCGAUAAACCGUUCAAAUACAUUGUUACGUGUGUGAUCAUGCAGAAGAACGGGGCGCCGCUGAGCACUGCAGCCACGUGUUGGUGGGAUCUCAAAACUGAUGGUCUUACUUGUGUGCAGGUGGAGAAGGAAACACUCGAUUCUUUCUUCACUCUGGCGAACGGUGGGGGAGGGCAUCGGCCUUCUGAUCCGUUCGACGAAGUGCAACCGCGAGAUUUCCUAGUAAAGGAGUUGCCUGUGUUUAACAACAAGGUGUCUGUUGAGGACUUCGUGGAUCUCGUCAGGAAGGGUCAACCAGCAGUGUUCAAGACAGCCGGUCUGGGCUGGGCAUUAGUGAAUGAGAGUUGCCGAGACUUCGCCAGGAGAUGGCCUGAGGGUGAAAUGUCGAAGCAAUACCAGAGCUACGAUAAAAGGGUCGCUCUGGGGGAACCCGGCUGGGCUGAAAAGAAGCCCGGGCGUAUCGGCGACCAGGCGACAGCGGCACCUUAUGUGUGGCAUGUGAAGGAUCGUGUGACGAGAGAUAUGAAAGAGUCAGUUCAGCGUAUCCUGUUUCCCUCGGGAAUUGCUAUGGAGAACCUCCCGUGGUUGGCAGAAAGGCAUCAGGCACUUGAACAACAUGCAGCUGACAGUAUGGAAUUUUGGCUGCAGCCACCUCGAGCCGGCACGCUAGCGCAUAACGAUGCUUAUUGCGUCAACGUAAUGUCAGUACAACUGAACGGUUUUAAACAGUGGAAAUUGAUGACCAUGCCUAAGGUCGAUUCCAUAGCGCAAAUGUUCGACGAGUUCGAUGGUGGUAUCAGGAGAGAUCCGACCAGGGCAUUCGAGCCGGACUAUGAAUACACCCUCGGGCCAGGAGAAGGUAUUCUGUUUCCGCCAGGGAUGAUGCAUGAGACGCUCAGUGUGUCCGACAACACGUGCACGACAAGCGUCACGUUCAAUAUACCGAUACCAAUGUCGGCUCGUUACAUACGAAACCUCCUACCACGGCUGUCUCUGUCAACGGAGUUUGGCGAUUGCCUGUGGGAUCGUUGGGCUCCCACAGUAACGCUCGGUGUAGGGGGAAGGUGGACGGACCAGAAGCUCGAUGGUGGUAAAGCUGCUGGUCAGAAAGCCAGGGAGAUAAUCAAAGCAGUAGACCGCAACAAUGACGAUCAGCUGAGCUCAAUAGAACUUUUGCACUGGUUGAAGACAAGUCCAGCGGCCGAACACUUUCGACAGCCGGGACGUAACCCUGACGCCAGGCUGGCCUUCAGCAAGGGGGCUAGCCUUGCUGACGAGUCUAUUGCAUCGCUACUGGAGCUGAGAGCAGAGGAUUCGAUCGCCUAUUGGGACAUGAAUGGUGAUGGUAUUGCUACGAUAGAGGAGAUCCACGACGGUUUAUGGCAAUGGCAUGUUAUCGUGACAAGAAGGCGAGUGGCCGAUUUGGUCCUCGGCGACAGGGCCGAUCCGGGCACUGAAGAUUUCCGUGUUCGAGCUGCAACUGCUGCUAAGCUAUUCGAGAAGAUAUAUGAUCCUGGUCGGACCCAAUCGGGCGUCACCAUAAAUGGAAAUGAAGAUGAGCUGUGA